AUGCCUAUCCGAAACCCCUUCACCCGGCGCCCUCAAGCCGACGAGGGUCUGCGCCCGCCGUUGAGCAUCGACCCUCCGCUCAAGACGCCCCCGGGCUUCGAGCGCGUCGACACAGUCGGCUCCAAGGCCUCGUCGGCCGCAUUGAGCAUCAGCAGCCGCCGCUCCAAUGAUACCGGCGAGUACAAGAUGUCGGUGGUCAAUGACAGCGGCGUGUACCUGCCUCCCUCGCCCUCCGAAGACAAGCCCUCAUGGCCCCGUCGCUACCUGUCGCGCAACUCUACAGACACCAGGAGCGACGUUGGCGAAAUCGAGCACUUCGGCAUCUCGCGGGAGUCAUUCGACUCGUACCGUCGGUCUUUUGAUGUCUCCGCCCGCUCUCCUGUUCCCGUCAAUGACCCCUUCCCAAGCCGGCGGUCCAUGGACUCGGCGCGCUACCCACGCACGCGCAUGCCUCGUCAGCGCCUCUUCGAGCGCGAACCUCCCACCUCCGAGGAAGGCGAGGGCUUCGGCGAGGGCUUCGAGGAGGUGGGACUGAACGAUGACUACAAGCCCCAGCCGCAACAGGCGCCAGCCCAGCCACCGAAGAAGCGAGGCUUCUUUGCCAAGUUCUCAGACCACAACAACCAGGAAAGCCCUCACUCGCCAGUGGCGUCCCCCUCGCCGACUACGUCCAGGUUCUCCAUCCUGCCUGGUCGGAAGCGAGGCCAGAGUGGCCAGGGCGCUGAGCUGGGUCAAGUAGACAGGCCCAGGUCUUCCAACCGAGAUCGCGAGAUGACAGAUGUUCAGCCGGUAGAGGCCUAG